GGCCCCGGUGAUUGGCGGCUCGGGGGGAGCGUUGUGGGGACGCGGUGGCGGCGGCGGCGGCCGGGAGAGCGCAGCCGGAGGCGGAAACUGAUUGCUCAGUGUUUCCAAAGAUGAAGCGGAAAGUUGGGAAAUUGAGGCUAAGUCCUAAUGAAGAAACCAUGCUUCUGAAAGAAGAAUAUGAAAGAAGAAGAAAAUUGAGGCUACAGCAAGUUAGAGAGCAGCAGAAGUAUAUUGCCUUGCACAUAAGGCAGAAAGUGAAGCAAAGGAGAGAGGAACGACUGCAUCAGUUAGAGGAGGCACUGAGAGCUGAAUGGGAGAAAGCCCAGGAUCAGAAGAUGAAAGCUUUAGAAGAACUGUAUUUAUCAAGCUUAAGAGCAAUUGGUGAGGGUCAUCGACAAGCCAAGGAGAAUGAACCUGACUUGGAAGCACUUGCAAAACAAGCAGAGGAAAGGAAACAAAGAGCAGAGAAGAGACACAGGAAAGCCCUGAAAGAGCAGAAGUACCAAAAAGAAAAAUUACUUCAUGAGCAAGCCUGGCGAAUAAAUGCACGUAAACAUGCUCUGGAAGUGGAAAAACAAAGAGCAGCCAAAGUUGCAAGCUUGCCACCUCCACCACGUCCUCUUGAGAAUUUUGAAGUGAAGAAGACUCCUGCACUGAAGCCCCAUAGUGCUGGCAACUUUUCUCUUACACGUUACCAUCUUUCCCAGCCUUAUGUGAACAGAGAAGUGGAUGAAGAGCAGCCAGAUGCUUGGUUAGCUGCUGAAGAAGAAGGGAAACGUUUGGAGGAACAACACAGAGAGGCAGAGAGGGAGAGAAGGGAGCAGCUUGAAAAGGCACAUCUCAGAGGAAGUCAUGCCUUAAAGAAGGUCCAUUUGGCUCAGGACAGGGAAAGGCUACUGAAAGAACUUGAGCAAAUGCAGAAUGUGGAUCGGAUGCUCAGGAAACAGAUUGUAGCACAGCUACCACCUCAGCUCUUUCUGCCUGCAUACAAACGCAUGGAAAUAAAAGAAGAAUGGCAGAGGGAAUUGGAGUUUGCAUUUGAAGAUAUGUACAGUGAAGACAGGAAAGUGAAAGGAGAUCUGAUUCUGCAGUUUGAGCCACAACCGUUGCCAACCCCUUCUGUCAGAUCUCAAGAUCUUGAUAUCUCUUUGGAGCAAGAAUCUCCUUGUGACACUCAACCAGAAUCUGCUUGUGAUACUGGAGAAGAAUUGGGACAGAUGAUAGAAGAGGAUGGUCUCAAUGAAUCAGAAAAUCACAGAGAAGGAAAAACUCGUCAACUUCAGUCAAAACUUGUCUUAAAGAAAUUACUGAACAAGAUCAGAAACCAAAAAGAGGAGUGGACAUCAAAAAGUGAGAAAGACAUUCAGAGUGAAAGUGAGACUAUUGAAUCAGGCACAAUUGCUAGUGAAGAGAGACCAUUAUGUGAUUUAGAACUUAGCUGUGAGCAACAGGAAAACACAGUACCUGAAGCCAAAGACUCUCCGAAAAUGUUGGAAAAUAGAGUUGCAUCUGAAAAUUCAGCUUUAAUCCAUCCUCAAGAACAAGCAGCUAAAAUUAGAAUGGAAGAGGAGAGACAAAAGUGGAAUGAGCAGAUAGAGCAACAGAAACAGGAACAGUUGGCCUUGCUUAAACAAAUUGAAGAAGAGAGAACACGUUUGGAGGCUGAUUUUCUGAAGAUCCAAAUGCAAAGCUGCUUAGAGGGGGCAAAGAAGAAAAAGGAGGAGGAAGAGCAAGCUCAGCUGGUACAAGGCCCCAGUGUUCCCUCUACAGAUGAUCAGGCCAAAGUGGAACAUGAGACUGGAAAUACGACUGUAUCAGAAACCAGGAGUCCUAGAGAAGACAGCUCUUUACAGAUGAUUCGUGAUUAUCAACAACGCCUUCUACAGCAAAAUAGGCUGCACAAACAGACCAUUGAAGAAGCUACAAAGCAUCUACAGGAGUAUCAGAAAAAACUGAAGCAAAGAUGCAUAUCUACUUCUGCAGCAUCUCCAAGCUCUUUGGAAACAGAAUCAAUUAAUUUAAAAUCUGUGUCAAAACAACUUCUACAGAGGCAAGGAGUGCAGCCAACACAGUACCAGUCAUUUGAACAAGUUCAUGCACAAGAGCAUGCACAGUCACUACCUGUGUGCUCAGGAACAUUGCAUGGGUUGCAAAACCCAUCUUUGGGCAAACAGGAAGAUCAAAUGCAUAAGGUUUGUCCUGGAAGAGAGGUGCAGUUUUUAGAAGCAUUGAAACUGAAGCCUGGGGAGUUUCACUUGUCAUGUGACUGUCCUACACAGGAACAAAAGGAAGUACUGGAAACCUCCAGUGACCAUACCAGGGAACCAUCUCGGUUCCAUUUGCCAUCAGAUUUAGUCAUGAGAGAUGUCACUGCAGCAAGAAUGCAACCAGAAGCACGUGUACAACAGGUUAGGUUUGCUGUGCCUGCAGAAGAUUCCUCUGAGCCUCUAGGAACAGUGCACUUCAAAGAGUCAUCUCCAAAGAUGUGGAACCAUCAAACAGAGACAGAAGCUGAAGAAGUGCUUUCACCUGGGACCCCCUUCAUGCCAGAAGCAACCAGGUCUUGUAUAGUUCAGGCAGCCCCCGUUGAUUCUUUGGCAUAUCAGCAGGAAUCUGCAGAGAGUGCUAUCAAAACAAGCCUUGAACAACCCCUCAGUCUUUCUGAACCCAUGACCUUAUCUCGUGAAGAAACUAAGGCCCAGAGUGUUAAGGAAUUCUUGAUACCAAAACCAGGACAUGCAUCUUUGUUAAAUUAUUCUGAUAUACUAAAUUUAAGGGACAGAGUGUUGAUCUCAACAGAAAACAUCCAAGCUCAGCAAAAGUAUUUAAAAGAAUUGCAAGAACAGCUAGAUGCACAAAGGGAAGCUCUUCUUUCUAGACAGAAAAUCCAAGAACACCUACUUUUACAGAAGCAAGAUAAAUUGAAGGAACAAAUGCAAAGGCAUCAAGAGGCUUUGAAAGAAUUUCUGAACAAGCAGGUGAGACACAUCUGCAGAAAUGAAGAAAUGACAGAUGUACAAAAGGCUGACUGGAUUAAUAGGACUGACUUGUUCCCAGCCUCAGAAAACCAUCAACGAGACAACUGUGGCAGGAGUGAAAUGAUUUCACCCUGCAUUGGUCCAACUGAGCAACGUGAACAGUCUAUCAAAGUUCUAGGUAGAGAACAGAAAUGGAGAUCUUCCAAACCACCUGUUACAAAAGUCAAGUUAAGACUUGAUUUGGAACAACAUGAGCUCAGUGUUAUACCAGAGGUAGACACUCCAAAGAGCUGCAACAUUUCUUUUGCAGAUAAAACGGCCUCUUUUGGUGGAGAAUCUUUUCCCAUUUUACGCACUGGGGAAUUUGCCUUUGUGAAACGUCACAGUCGUUCCCAUGCUGAAGAUGGCAGCUCACCUUCCAGCAUAAGAAGCUAUCAGGAACAAAUCCUUCAUGGAAGUCCAAGGCAAAGCAAACAGACAAGCAGAUUGUUACAAGAGGUGCUGAGGAUGACUGCUGAAAACUCAUUUAGUUCAGCCCAGUCCCAGAAUUCUCAAGCACCUCAAGACUCACCAGUUCUUUCCACUGAAGUUGGAGAGGGCAUUACAACACAUGCUGGACCAUCAUUCAGAUGUGAUAAUAUGGAAGUACUUUCUAAAGGAGAAUCCACAAACUCAGGUUCAGAGGCUUUUGUGGAAGGAAUACCCUGUGACAUAUCUUCAACAAUUUCCACUGGAAGUUUUUUGACUACUGAAACACUGGAUGCAAGCCCUGUUGGUACUGGACUGUCUUCUGAUAGUACAGAUGAUCAAAUAUUGGGAGAAACAGCAAGCCACCCCUGGAACUCCUUGCUGCCUUUUACCUUGCAGCAAAGGCAAGAGAAUUUAUCUGUAGCAUCUGGAAGUCAGUUGCCUGAACAAGAGAGAUACAGGAAGAGAGAUAAAGGAAGUGAGAUACAGCAGAUCUUGGGGAAAUACGCCAGAGAUUUGAACUCCUACUCAGAGGAUAAUACACCUUUCCAAGUUCUAGCAGCUGAACUUGAUUUUCCUGAAGUGGAGAGACCUUUUUUGAACUCCUGUCACCAGCUCUUUCAGCCUUUGGAACCCACUCUUGACUCUGAUACUUCAUCAUCCUGUUCUCAACACAGAAUCUCUCAAGAUAGCAGAGAAUUUAGCAAGACUUCAAAAUUUUCAUCAAAAAGUCAAGACAGGUCGAAGUUUCUAGAAGUGGGGAACUCCAGUUUGAAUACAGAAAGAAGCAGUCUGCCUUCUGGUCUUGAAACAAAUGGGCCAAACAACAUUAGUUCAGAAGAGCAGUCUGUUAAUGACAAUGAUACUCCAGAAUCUGAAGAAUCUUUUCACUCACUGCAAUUAGAAUCCACUCUGAGCGAUCACUGUCAGAAUGCUGAUCAGCCACUGGAGCUUCACACCAUGUUAGAGGGGGCUUUUCAACAAACCCCUGGAAUUAAAAAAUGGGGGAUUGAGAACUCUAUUUCACCUGUCAGAGAAUAUGAAGAACUGGCAAGAAAUAUGGAAUGUGUAAAUCUCCAGCACUCAAUCGAAGAUUUGCGACAUGAAAGUCUGAAUUCACUGGAAGAGCAAAAAUCAUUUUAUCAGCUAAAUACCACACCAGUUACAGUGGAUGAAACUUUCCCUCAACACUUAACACAAGAGACUGUGUCUUCUGAAAAAUUAGGUGUAGAGCCAUUUGAUAAGAAGUAUGUGAAGUUUCCUGAAAAACUUCAUUUAUGUGAAGUAAACAAAGCUAUGGAAGUGGAUUCUCAGUGCAACACAAAUAUUAAGGAGUCAGAUCAAGGUUUUCCAGAAGUAAAAAAAUCUUUGAGGUGUCCCAGAGAAACCAACUUGUCAAACCCAGACAUCCAUUUACAGGCUGUCAUACAAGAGAAUGGUUCUCUCCUGGAAAAACAUGAUAAACAUUCUAACUCUGGGUCCAGAAAGUUAUGUCGUAUUCCAGUCUGGGAGACUGAGUCAGGGCAUGGUAUUAUGGAAGAACCUGAACUCACUCUGAUAAGCUCAAAUGACAUCAGUAUUGCAGAAUCAGACAUUGAACAUAACCAAGAGAAAAUUAAAGAGGAUAAAAUCAAUAACUCAACAUGUGUGGAUCAGUCUGAAUUUAAUACUUUUCCUAAGGUGAGAGAGUUUUUACCACUAGCUCCAGAUGUAGAUAAUUCAGUGUUUGUAAGGCCUGAUGGUUCAUCCAAAGCCCUGAAUCCCAAUGACAGUCACUUUCCAUCACAUCAGACUGCAGUGAUGCUGCUGGAGUUUGCAGCUACUCCAGGAAGUCUGCAAGAAUCUUUUUUGAAAAGAAAGAAGAACUUCAUCCAGAAGUCUCUGAGAAGAGUAGAAGAAAUAAAAAAUAGAGAGAGGAAAAAUGAAAAGCCAGAAGCCAGGCAGCUUCAAACAAUAAAGUCUGAGAAGUUAAGCAGACAAAAGGAAUCUUCAGUUAUCUCUGGGAAGAAGAGUGCAGUUGCCCCGAAGUUGAAGAAAGUAGGAGAAGUACAAGUGUCUUCACCAGAGAACAGGAAGUCUGGAGAAACUGGAAGGCACCAGUGUGCUUCAAGGCUUUAUAAUCAACCUGCAGAAGUAAAAGUAAGAAAGGAAAAGAAAACAAGGCAAGAAACUUCUGAUAAAAACAGAGAAAAGGCUAAAGAGUUUCAAAAGGUAAGUCUGCCAAAACUACGAGCAAAGAAGCCUUGGAAAGCACCAUGACUGGCAGAAACCCUUAACCAAACCAGUACUGUCCUGGUACAAUCUAAGAGACUAUGGACUAACCAUUAAUUUCAUUGUGGAGCCACUGUGAAACCUCAGCUUUUAGCCACAAGUGUUAAGUACAAUCCAUGCUGUACUGUGAUCACUACAGAAGCCUGACCAUGGUUUGUAUUGGGAUCAAGCAGACUGACACUGGGAGCCUUCUGUGAUGUGCAUUGAUGUUUUAAAGGGAGACACUAACUGUUGUAAUAUACAUGUAUAAA